AUGGAGGGAGCGCGGAGAUUCUUCCGAGAUCUGAGAUUCGGACGAGGGCCGGAAGGGGCAAGCAGCAGGACCUGCCACUUGCCUGAGAUUUAUAUAGCCAACCGGAGAGCGUCCAUCUGCCCGCCCCCAGCAGCUAUGAACGCCCGCUCAGAGUCCCCCUCUAUCCCGGCCCUUGGCCACGACUCGUCCCCGUCGUCGUCGUCGUCGUCCAGUCUCCUCGAUGUCCCCGUCGACGGCCCGCUCCCCACACGCCCCAACGAGCACCUCGCCGUCUUCCUCCCCAAGCAUCUCUGGAAGCCCGACUCGUCGUCUGUCGUGUGCGACAACUUUUUCUGCCACAUCCCCUUCUCUUUCUUCGAGCGCAAACACCACUGUCGCAAGUGUGGCGGCAUUUUCUGCAGCGCGUGCACCUCUCGCACAACGCCUCUGCUCGAUACCUCCAAUCUCGACUUCUUAACGCCCCCACGCAACAUUCCUCUGGCUGCGUUCCAGUCCCCCAUUGCACCCAUCCUCGACGCGCGUGUCUGCGACGACUGCUUCGACCAGAUCCACGGCUGCCCCAGCACUCCACGCACCCCCGACGUCAUCCGCCCGUCCUUUUCACGCGUCCUUUCCCAUCCCAUCGCCAUGUUCAAGCAUGCUCGCUCCCCUACACCAUUCUCCGUCCAAUCACCCGCCUCGCUCCUCAGCGUCCCUACCUCACCCCAGUCCGACGACCUACCCCCAUCCUUCAAGCGGAGAACACAAUCUCUCUGCAAUUCUCCAAGCUCCUCUAGCCUCAACACCCAAUCUUCCUCCAACAGCGCACCAAGCCACUCUUCAAGACGCGCUGCGCUGCGCACCGCACAACUUCCCCUUCCACAGGAUCUCGAGCGCUCCUACGGCGAGCUCGACGCGUAUCCCCUCCGUCGCUCCAGCGUUCUGUGUAAAGCUACCGGUGGUGGUCGCUGGGAGCCCAAACAGUGUCCCAUUUUGGAUGGCUACCGUCAACCAGUUCCCGGCGGCAAGGCUCCCUACGAGAUCGAGAUGGAGCGCAACGAGAGGCUCGAGCGUCAACGCAGACUCAACCCCGUCGUCAAAGACGGCGACUUCCAGUAUCGUUUCCCCAGAGAGCCGGAGCCAAUCGUCGUCGCCUGCUCCCUCUUCAACCUCUCCACCUUCUAA